AUGUUAUAUUCAUCAGAGACUCAAAAAUGGAAGAUUCAAGGGUCUGCUAGAAGUUCAUGGCCAGCUGACCUCGACUACAAACAUGGUGUUUACUGCAACGGCGGAAUCCAUUGGAUACGUGACAGAGAUGAUCAAUUGUCACGCUAUGACAUAGAUAAAGACUUCCCUAGAUUGGUGUCUAAUCCUUCUGGUCACGGUUUGAUGCAUGAAAGGAAGUUCAGAUAUUUUGGGGAGUCUCGUGGCCAUUUGCAGCUUAUUGAUAUUUAUAAAUCAUGUGUUACUGAAUUUGAUGUCAUGGAGAUGGGAAAGGACGACUCUGGCUGGUUUGUCAAGUACCAUGUUGAUCUUAAUCCCAUAGGCACUGUGUUUCCUGAGGUGGUAUGCGACCAUCUUCACCUUGCUAUCUAUGACUGUUAUUCAUGCUGUGUUCUGUUUCUAGCUCGAGAAGAAACUGAAGAGAACUCAUCUAUUUUGCUGCACAUUCCGAUGGGAAUCAUCUCAUAUAAUGUAAGUGACAAGACAGUUAAGAAGCUUAAUGACUUAAUCCCCAAAGGUAGUGAGACUAUGGGAUCAUUGCAACCGGGAUGGGGAGAUGCUUGUCCUCAUAUAGCGACUUUGGCUCGUGUUUAA